CGCAAUCUUGCGUCGGUUCCUUGUUCCCUCGUGAUGCCUUUUUGUCGGGUUCUUGGAUGCUUCUAGGCCAUAGAUUGUUGCCGCUAGGUUCGUGGAUUCUUGCUAUAUCAAGGAUAAGAUCGUACUGUUGCUCCUGUGUCUUGCUAGAUUUUUGGGUAGAGGCAUCCGCCAUUUAUAGGGUGUGUGCCAUUAGCUGGGCGAGGAGCCAAGAAAUGCGUUAGGGUUGUUUAGGGAGGGCGGGGUGCAGAUGGGCGAAGAGCAAUCGGCUGCGCCGGCGCCGGCGGUGGUGGUGGCGAUGAAGGGACACCCCGGGUCCGGCAAGUCCACGGCGGCGCGCGCCAUCGCAGCCGCGCUCCGCUGCCCGCUCCUGGACAAGGAUGACGUCAGGGACUGCACGCUGCCCCUCGAGGGCUUGGCCGCCGCCGGGAUGCUCAACGAGCUCUCCUACGCCGUGUUGUGGCGGGUGGCCGAGCGGCAGGUCCGGCUCGGCCUGUCCGUCGUCGUCGACUGCCCGCUGUCGCGCCGUGCGCACCUCGAUGCGCUGACCCGCCUGCCCGCCGCACUUGUUGUCAUUGUGGAGUGCCGUCCUAACGAUGAACAGGAGUGGCGCCGGAGGCUGCAGGAGCGUGGGGCGGCUGUGGCCGACGGUAGCGGUGCUGAUGGAUGGCAUAAGCCAAAGACCUGGGGCGAGCUGGAAAGGCUUGUGGAAGCUUACCAAGGUUGCACAGAUUAUGAAAUUGGAGAUGUGCCAAGGAUUGUGGUGGAUACAACUGACCCAAUGGUCGAUGCGGAGGCGAUUGCUGUGAAGGUUGUGGGUUUCGUUAGGUCUCAUCUUGCUUGUAGCCAAUAGGUUUGCUGGCUGUUUGUUGUUGCCGAACAUUUUGUGGAGGACAGAGUUCACCUGUUUGCUAUUAGAUGCAACGAAAAAAAAAACAGUGAGGUUAGGGUAUUUUUCUGGUUUUAUUUUUUGUUUGUCCCUCCCCCAUCUUUCCUUGUACAGCUCAGAGGGGAAAUUCCCACCCUUAGUUCAUGGGUAUUACACAAAGGUUUUGUAAAAUAAAUAAAUGAUCCAUCUUUGCCUGGGGCUGAUGAACUGAUCUGAUGGCUA